AUGGCAGCGGCAUUUCCUCCGGUUGCGCAGGCUUUGCUUGGACUCGACAAGGAGGCGUCCGAGAAAGAUUUGAGGAAGGCCUACAAGCAGAAGUCCCUGCGAAUGCACCCGGACAAGGGCGGGAACACUGAGGAGUUCCAAGCGAUGAAGGAGGCCUACGAAAUCCUGCUGGACCCGCAGAAGCGGGCGACCUAUGACCUGAAAGGCAUCGAGGGGGUGCGGAAGAUGGAGGCCGCGCAGACGGACGUGAUGCCGCCAGAGGCCCUGCUGCAGUCGCUGGGGCAGAUGUCGCUCUUCCAACGGCUGCUCACGUUCAUCCUCACACUGUUCGCAGGGUGUUUGGUGACACUGCCCUUCAUCCUCUUCACCCUGAAGUGGGAUGGCGACCAGUCCUUCUCUUGGGCAUUGGCAUUUGUCCCGGUGUGGCCUCUCCAGCUAGUCCACCUGAUCUGGCUUCUUUGGCACCUGCGGCCACAGGCGGCUAACGGCCAAGUGCCAGAGCAGCAAGCUGCUCGAAGAAUGCGAGUUGACCACUGCAUCAGCGUUUCGCUGCUUCUACUCUUCGAGAUCUUGCUGGUGUGCCGCCUGGAGGAUCCGCUGUUUAGCUCCUGGUUAGUGAUCUUGCCCUGGGUAAUGCUGGAGGUGUGGUGGCUCUACUCGAAGCUCCGCACCUGCGUGGACUUCUGGCAAGUCGUCGACCCGGUGGCCGCUGCUGAGGCUGGCGGCCAGGUCCUGCGGUCCAGCAAGUUUUGGCUCUUCAUCUUCAGCUACCUGCAGAUGGGCGUUUGUCGGCUUCUCACUGCUCUGCUGAUUGCUGCCCGGGCAGAUGUGGCUCAGGGAGCCUCCUGGUGGUUGGUGCUGCUUCCGCUCUACCUCUCCAGCAUCCUGCUGGUGGUCCUUGCUUGUUUGGUUAGCAAACUCCGGAAAGACGCAGAGAACCCAGGCGGGCCGCUGUGCUGCAUCAUGAUGGCCUGGCUCUCGAUGGUAUUUCUGUCUGCUGGAAAGCUGGACGGUGGUGACUACUCGGCCGCCUGGGUGUUCUGGCCCAUCUUCACAGCGGCGUCUUUCGCAGCCUGCUGCGUCGGCUGCAUGACGCUGGCGACUUGCCUCUUCCCGGCUGAGAGCCUGCCCCAAGAGACGGAGUGA